CGGCUUCCGUCCCAGAUGAGUGUCAGUCAGUCAGUUAGUCGGUGACGGACAUCACAACCGGAGCAGCACCGGAUCAUGCGCGCGCUCACUGCCUCCUGACAGCUGCACGCGGCUCGGUUCCGGUGUCGGCGAGCGAGAUGGACGGUGGCGAGAGGAAGGAUAUAAAGCUCUCUGCUGAAGUAGAACCGUUUAUCCCUCAGAAGAAAGGUGUCGAAGCGUCAUUAUUACCCAUGAGUCUGUGCGGUGAGGGUGGAGCUGAGCCCACACAAAUCCCCUCCUACCUGAUCACCUGCUACCCCUUCGUUCAGGAGAAUCAGAACAACAGUCGGCAGAUGCCGGUGUAUAACGGAGAUCAGCGCUGGCAGCAGCUGAACCCGGGCCCCGGGGGGCCGUACCUGGCGUACCCCAUCCUGUCAUCCCCACAGCCCCCCGUCGCCAGCGAUUACCCCACAUACUACCACGCCAUCAUGCCCUCGCCCUGCCCUCCUGUCAUGGGCUUCUACCAGCCCUUCCCUGGGCCCUACACGGGGCCCCUGCAGGCCGGCGUACUCAACCCUGUCUCCGACUGCAGCGAGCGGCCGCUGACACAGACACAGAGAGGAAGAGGCAUGUCACGAAACCCCGUCCUGCACAAGCAGCCGAUGGCUCAGCCAAUGAGAGCCAAGCGUCCCGUGAUGCGGAGCCCAGCGGUACAGAAGGAGGUGUGUGCCGCCGGGCCUGAUGGGAGAUUCAAGAUGGUUUUGCUGGUGGAUGCAGCACAGCAGACAGAUUUCCCCGGCGAGGCGUCCGGCGGCGUCAGGUGUGCGUCGGAUCAGACGAGUCCUCAGCAGUGGAAGAAGGCCUGGCGCAGACACACGUCCCAGCAGGAGUCGUCCGGAGAGCAGGGGGUCAGCGAGGCAGACAUCGACAGCGACAGCGGCUACUGCAGCCCCAAACACAACCAGGGAGCCGCCAGCUCCUCCACCAAUCAGCACACGGACGCCGCGGCUGUGGACGCUGGAGUCAUGACAGCUGGUAGCUGGGGGCAUGUAGCCUCACAGACCGUCCAGAAGCCGUGGACAGACAGGAACACAGUGUAUCUCAGAGGCAGAACACCUGAGCAGAGGAACUACACACAGGACGUCCAGACGAGCUUCAGAGGUCACGCAGGAGGACAGAGAUCCACUCCUUCAGAGACGCACAACACACACCUCGCACCUGAGCCACUGUACUUUCAGGAUGAGGAUGAGUUUCCUGAUCUGGCCACCGGUGGCGCUGCUCAGCGGAAUAAACCAGAACCAGUUCAGCCCAAACUGCCCAAGAACCUGCUGGAUAACCUUCCAGAGAACUCCCCCAUAAGCAUCGUGCAGACGCCGAUCCCCAUCACCAGCUCCGUGCCCAAGAGAGCCAAGAGUCAGAGGAAGAAGGCCCUCGCCGCCGCUCUCGCCACAGCACAGGAGUACAGCGAGAUCAGCAUGGAGCAGAAGAAGCUACAGGAGGCUCUGUCUAAAGCAGCAGGUAAGAAGAGCAGGACGCCGGUGCAGUUGGAUCUGGGAGACAUGCUGGCAGCGCUCGAGAAACAACAACAGGCCAUGAGAGCACGACAACUCAACAACACCAAACCACUGUCAUACACAGUGGGGACAGUGGGCGCUCUGAACAGUAAAGAUGGCAGCAGUCGAGUGACGGGACUCAAAAACACAUACACCCCCCCUCACAACAUCCUGGACUCCAGCGCACCCCGCGUCAAGAGAGGGAAAGAGAGAGAGAUUCCCAAAGUCAAGAAGACCACCGCCAUGAAGAAGAUCAUUCUGCAGGAGCGUGAGGUGAAGAAGGGCAAGAGUCCUGCUGAGCACAUCGUAUCUGGAGCAGACGAGCAGAGAGACACUCUGAGCUUCACAGACACACUCACACAGGAGCAGGAUGAGAGCGGUCUGAGCGUGCUCAGUGAUGCGUCUCUGUCUCCAGCCAGUCAGAACUCUCCCUACAGCAUCACACCCGUGUCUCAGGGCUCGCCCGGCAGCUCCGGCAUCGGGAGCCCCAUGGCUGCGUCUGCCAUCACCAAGAUCCACAGCCGCCGGUUCAGAGAGUACUGUAAUCAGGUGUUGAGUAAGGAGAUCGAUGAGAGCGUGACGCUGCUUCUGCAGGAGCUGGUCCGCUUUCAGGAGCGGGUUUAUCAGAAGGAGCCCAGUAAAGCCAAAGCCAAGCGGCGUCUGGUCAUGGGUCUGCGAGAGGUCACCAAACACAUGAAACUGAACAAGAUCAAGUGUGUCAUCAUCUCGCCAAACUGUGAGAAGAUCCAGGCCAAAGGAGGUCUGGACGAGGCCCUUUAUAACGUCAUCGCCAUGGCGAGGGAGCAGGAGAUCCCAUUUGUGUUCGCUCUGGGCAGAAAGGCUCUGGGCCGCUGCGUGAAUAAACUCGUGCCGGUCAGCGUCGUGGGAAUAUUCAACUUCUCUGGAGCCGAGGGUCUGUUCAAUAAGCUGGUGUCUCUGACGGAGGAGGCGCGGAGGGCGUAUAAGGAGAUGGUGAGCGCUCUGGAGCAGGAGCAGGCCGAGGAGGCGCUGAAGAACGUCAAGAAGGUCCCGCACCACAUGGGUCACUCCAGAAACCCGUCGGCCGCCAGCGCCAUCUCCUUCUGCAGCGUCAUCUCCGAGCCCAUCUCAGAGGUCAACGAGAAGGAAUACGAGACCAACUGGAGGACGAUGGUGGAGAGCGCAGACGCUCCAGAGCCGGUCAGCAGAGUGACCUCCUGCAGAGAGCAGCGUGUGGUCAGCUCUCCGCCCAGAGCCAUCCCUGACCCGAGCCCCGCAGCCGCCCGCGCUCCCGAGAGAGACGAGUCCCGCUCAGACGAGCGUCUGGAGCGCGCCUCGCAGCAGAGCACAGACACCGGCUCGCUGGACGGCAGCUGCAGAGACCGCCUCAACUCCUCCAUCACCUCCACCACCUCCACACUGGUGCCCGGCAUGCUGGAGGAGGAGGACGAGGAGGACGAAGAGGACGAAGAGGAGGAGGACUACACGCCACCGCUCAGCUCCAGGAUCGAGUCCUGGGUCUCCAAAACCCUGGAGAACAUGCAGCUGCGCCAACACAGCAGCACCGAGGAGGACGAGGAAGAGCGGCUGAGUGAUGAAGAGGAGCUCGACUCUGACCUCACCGUACCGGCGGUCGACGACAAGGACGCGGCCGAUCCGUCCACACACACGGGAUGAGACGUCACGGCACACACAGUCCACAAACACUGACUCAGGAAACUGUACCGGACUCUAACCCUCACACACUCACACGCUCUCCGUGAAUAACACACGUCUCCAGAAAUCACAGAA